AACAAACUCAAAUCACAAAUCCUUUGAAGGAUCAGCCUCGAGCGAUCUCAAUAUCGAAAAGUCUAUCCGACAGUCCGUCUCGAAAUACCUCUGAAUUAGUUUGCGCUCAAACCCAACAUUUUGGAGUCCUUUGCUCUAGACCAAAAUACGCGACAUGGAUGACCACCAAGACAAGAUCGCCACUUUAGCCGAUGGGAGAAAGGUUUCAUAUGCAGUUUAUGGAGCCCAGGAUGAUGAUGCACCCACUUUCUUCUAUCUCCACGGCUUUCCGGGGUCUCAUCACGAGGGAUACGUGAUCAAUACCACUGCAGCCCAAUAUGGCGUACGCGUCAUUGCACCAACGCGACCAGGGUACGGCGACUCGACAUUUCAGAAAAACAGAAGAAUUAUCGACUAUCCCAAGGAUAUACUCGAACUAGCGGAUAUUCUAUCGAUCAAACAGUUCGCGGUAUUAGGUGUCUCCGGUGGUGGACCCUAUGCUAUCGCCUGUCUCAAGGAUCUUCCCCCAGACCGUUUAGUUGGUAUCGGCACUGCCGCUGGCGUUAUGCCAAUGUCUUUCUCAACGCAAGGAAUGCUUACAGUGACACGACUCAUGUUCAACAUAGCGCCUUACGCUACAGGGAUAUUAGGCUGGAUCACCGAUAGAGUGUUGGGGAACACAGCGCGAGACACCAAACACCCAGAGAAGUUGGAGGAGAUGAUGGAUAAAGACAUAAGUGCAAGAUCAGCCAGUGACAAAGACGUAUGGGAGACUCAUCCGGACUUGAGAAAGUCUUUAAGGCGAGCUACGAGGGAGGCAAUGAAGCAGGGCGGCUAUGCGACUGCGUGGGAAGCACGAUUAUUUGGAAGUGAUUGGGGGUUUAAGCUGGAGGAUGUCAAAGUUGAGAAAGGAAGAAUGAUAUUGUGGCAUGGAGAUUUAGAUGUCAAUGUUCCGAUCGGAGUGUCUGAAAAGGCUGUACAGCUUAUGCCUGGUGCAGAGCUGAGAGUCAUGAAAGGGGAGAGCCAUAUGAGUUUGAUGACCAGGGUGGAUGAGUUCACAGUGGCUAUGAAGGAUAUGAUAUUGAGAUCAGAGCCGGGGCCUAAUGGGAGGUCAGAGAACUAAAUACGUUGCUAAACAUAGAUUGGAGUGAUACCAAAAUAAUAUUGCUAAAGCUGG